UCGCAGACUUGCUUAAAUAGCAUAUACAGUAGAAGUACAAACGAAAUAAAAGAAAUUUAAUAAUAUAGCUUAAAAUCAAAUCAAAUAGAUGGCAUCCGAAGAAGAAGAGGUAUACACGGAGGAGGAGAGUGAUCAGGCCAUGUCCUUCAUCCGUGAGCACGAUCUGCCCAUUUCGGAGCUGCAGUAUGCACUCAGAUAUGUCCGCAUCGUGCGCGAAAACAAAUCACUGAGCGAUCCGGUUAUGGGAACUCGGGCGCCACAGGAUCCUGUUGCUGAGGUUUCGCCACCGCCAUUUGACUGGAGUGGCGAGGACGACCAAGCCGUGGCCCGGGACCCAUAAUUGCUUUAAAUGUUGUUAAGUUAUUUUAUUUAUUUGCGUUCUGCCCUCUGCCCUCUGAUUGUCAACGAUCAAAGCACAAUUUUAUUUAUGCGAAAAAAAGGGAACCAGGUUCGCAAUAGUUGGCAAUGGCUUUUAACAAUUGUAAUGCAAAAUUAAAGAUAUUUUUUCUGUGCCAGCAGUAAAGGGUCC